CAUUAGAAAAAUUCAUCAGCUGCUUUUGGGAAGGGCUGGGCUGGCUCGGGUCUGACGCGGCCCCUCCUCUUCCUCCUGCUCUCUCCUCUUCCUCCUGCUCUCUCCCUCCAUCCCUCGCUCCAGUCCCGGGCAGCCGCGCAGCCCCCGCUGGGACACCAUGGGCGAGAUCCCCAAGCUGGUGAAAAUCAACGUCUCCCUGAGAAUCCAGCCGAACGACGGGCCGGUCUAUUUCAAGGUGGACGGGCAGCGCUUCGACCAGAACAGGACCAUCAAAUUCCUGACAGGGGCCAAGUACACGGUCGAGGUGGUGCUGAAGCCGGGGGUCGUGCAUGCCACGACUAUGGGUAUAGGAGGAGUGAACAUCCUCCUGGAAGAGAAAUCAAGAGAUGCCCAGGUCGUCUGUUACACGGGAAUCUACGAUACAGAAGGAGUGCCUCACACCAAAAGUGGGCAAAGACAGCCCCUUCAGGUCAACAUACAGUUUAGUGACAUCGGCACUUUUGAGACAGUCUGGCAAGUCAAAUUCUAUGACUACCACAAACGAAAUCAUUGCCAAUGGGGAAACGCCUUUGGUAGCAUCGAGUAUGAAUGCAAACCCAAUGAGACACGCAGUCUUAUGUGGAUCAACAAAGAGAUGUUCCACUGAAGAUGAGCAAAGUGGACACUGCUGGACAAUCUUUUUUUUUAAAAAAUCUACCUUUAAACCAGCACGAAGCCUUAACAAAGGCAUACUAUACAGUUGCUUUGUCCCACGUGGUACAAAUAACAUGCUAAAUUAUACAUACAGUGGGUGACAUUAAACCUUGACACUUGCUACUCACAGUACUUAAACUUAUAAUGGCAUCUGCAGUAUUCUUCAUCCUUGCAGAAGGGAAUUCUGCAGGCACCUUGGUAAAGUAAACACUGUGAUGCCAACAAGAUGUGGAUAAUACCCGCUAAACAGUAUCACCAGAUGUGAUACCCUUGGUGAAAUACCUUGCAUUAGUAAAAUUCAGAUCCAACUUCAUAUUAGUGAUGAUUUCUGUAUUUAUAUUUGUGUUGUCCCUAAAACAUGCUCCAUUGUGCAGUUUGUCUAUGUCUUGUCAUGGUAGACAGCAGAAGUGCAAGUUCUGGAUGUUUGGACAUGGGCUACUGCACUGUUGAAGUUGCAUUUUCAUAUUGAGAGACUUGGACAUACUGAGUCUCUCUGUUCUGUUAAUGUUGUAAAAUAUGCUGUGACUAGCUUUCCUCUUUUGUGAAAUUUGGUGAAAUGUCACUGUUUUGCUCUGUUCCCCAGUUUCUGAAGUGAUUUUUUAAAAACCAAGAGAUACCAUGAAAACCAUUAGCAUAACAAAACAUACCGAAAAGCAAUAAAUCCGUGGUCUUAAAGGCAUAAUUGCACAUCUAUUGAUGUUGCUGAUACAUAUCUUUAGAGCAUGUACACUGCUCUAACAAAAUAUAAUGGUCACACCUAAUGUUCUCUGAGUUCAUCGAGAUAAUCAGUUCCAGUGGGAGUCUCAAUUUUUUAAGACUAGGAAUAUUGCUCAAACCAGUAGAAUCUUUCAAAAGAAAUGAAUUUUUUGAGGUGUGAUCACAGUACUGUACUAAAACCUCCAGACUUUCAUAUCAGCCAGAAAUACUCAUCUCUGAAGAAGGGCCCAGAUCCUGCAAAUGCUCACGCAUGUGACAGCAAAAGGACAGUUAAGUUGUAAGUAAAGUGCAUCAGUGCACACUUGUGCAUGAGUGUUGCAGGAUCAUGGCUUAAGGUGCUAAACAUGUAAUUUCCAAUGUUUACAGCUGAGAGGCAAAGGGGAACGUAGAUUCAGAUUUCUUCUUUCAAUAAAUAAAGCAGGUAAAUUACUAUACUGUCCCACCUUCAGUCUCUGCUGGGUUAAGUUCUCUCUCUGGUAUAUUAGUUGUUCCUGUAACCCUUUGUGAAUAAUUUUUAAAUCAUGUCUGUAAAUUGUAAUCACAACUUUUGACCUUUUUAAU